UUUAAUUUUCAAAUUUACUUGCCUUGGUAAAACAAGUAAUAAAUCGAAAGUUAUCAUAAUUAAUUGUAUAAUCGUGAAAGAGGACAUCGAUAAUUAGUCGCAACAAGAAGUGAAGAGUUUUGAGAUACGAGUCAUGAGAACGUAAGCGUGAUUUAAUAAAGAUGAAGAAUCCGAUUGUCAAGUAUCUCCUCGGAGAGGAAGUACCGACGAGGGAAGAUUACACGGAUUGGCACGAAAAUGCUAAAGGUGGAAGAACGUCGCCGAUACUCCCAGUGGACGUCGACAAUCGUGACGAGCAAGACGAGGACGAGAACGACGAGAGAUAACGAAAGAUGAUGAUGAUGAAGGCGGCAUCGAGCAGCAGAGUGAGAGAUCUUCAGGCCAUGCUAUUUCCGAUCCAACCCAUCCCUGGUGGCAUGCUUUCUGAUCUGGCGCCACAAGAGUUGCAAGUAUCUCAGCUGGAACGUUACGAUAGCUCGACUCUGAGACGGGAUGCGGAAUCGGCGCUGUUCGCGAUACCUUUGAGUUUGUCUAGGCAUCGAUACUCGUCGAAGGAAACUCUCCGAGCGGUUCUCGAUGCGCGCUGCAUCGUCGACGGAAGCAUUCAGGAAGCGGCCAGGUGGCCGACCGAGUGUCAGGUAAUCCCAGAACGAAUUCGCCACAUAGAACACAAUUCUGCUACCCCGGAAGCUUUUUAUGUUCCAACGGGAAAGGAGCCAAGACCGAAACCGAUCAGCGACGAGCUUGGAACGGUGAUAUUUCGUUACUGUCCGACUAAUGUUACUAAUUACUUUAGCCGAUCUUGCGUGGGCGGAAGCACGGUAUUACCGUUCUCCACCGAGGAAUCGACCACGUGUACUACGGAUACCAAGGACAACACUAACGAGAAUGAUAUUUUUUUCGUCGCCGAGACGUCUCGUCCGAAAGAGGAUAACACGGAUCUGCGAUUCGAGUCGCGAUUCGAAUCUGGAAAUCUCGGCAAGGUAGUGAAAAUCACUGACACGUAUUAUCAGCUCUACCUAAGAAGAGAUCUCUACACUCAGAGACAUACGCAAUGGUACUAUUUCAAAGUAUCCAACACGAGAAGCAGAAUUACGUACAGAUUCUCGAUCGUGAAUAUGUGCAAAGAGGAGAGCCUCUACAACGAAGGUCUCAAGCCUCUUCUCUACUCUACGGAAGACGCUCGCACUCGAUCCGUAGGAUGGAGAAGGUGCGGCGACAACAUCACGUAUUACCGAAACAACGAUUCAUCGAGCGACGAGGAGAGGGAGAAACACACAUUAACGUUCAAUAUCUCCUUCCCUCACGAUCGUGACAUCGUUUACUUGGCACAUUGCUAUCCGUACACGUACACCGAUCUCCAGGAGUAUCUCGGUAAACUCGUGGCCGACCCAGCGAAAACGAGGUUCACCAAGCUGCGCUUGCUGUGCCGCAGCCUGGCCGGAAACGGCGUGUAUUACUUGACGAUCACCGCACCGACGCAGGACGAGGAGGUGCGUAGGAAGAGAGGUGUCGUCAUCACGGCCCGGGUGCACCCUGGGGAAACACCCUCGAGUUGGACGAUGAAGGGCAUCAUCGAUUUCCUCACGGGCGACACGAACCGGGCUAGAGAACUCAGGGAGAGAUUCGUCUUCAAGUUAGUACCGAUGUUGAAUCCGGAUGGCGUAAUAGUGGGCAACAAUCGGUGCUCGCUAUCUGGCAAAGACUUGAACCGGCAAUACAGAACCGUGAUGCGAGAGAGCUACCCGUCUGUUUGGCACACGAAGCUGAUGAUACGGAGACUCCUCGAGGAAUGCGGGGUGGCGAUAUACUGUGACCUUCACGCUCACUCGAGAAAGCACAAUAUAUUCGCUUACGGUUGCGAGAGCAAAAGAGCCGGAUGUAACGGAAGAUUGUCGGAACAAGUGUUUCCGUUGAUGCUCCACAAAAAUGCAGCAGACAAGUUUUCUUUCGAAAAUUGCAAAUUCCACGUUGAGAAAGGAAAGGAAGGUACGGGAAGAGUAGUUGUAUGGUCGAUGGGAGUUCAGAAUAGUUACACCUUGGAAGCAUCUAUGGGUGGCUCCAAGAUUGGCUCCAGAUGUGGAACUCAUUUCUCUAUUCAAGACUACGAACAGAUCGGCAAGGCUUUCUGCGAGACCCUACUCGAUUUUUCCGAUCAGGAUCCGAUGAAGGAAAAACUUCGGAAUAAAAUCAUAGCCAGAUUGACCAAGGAAGGGUCCAGCGCCGAGGAGCCUACCAACAUCGAUUUGACCGAUUAUUCAAGUGAUGAAGGAGACAUCUCGCAGGAAAGCUUCUCAUCAGAAGAGGAGAGAAUCGAGUACACGGAUGCUGCGUGGUCCAGUGAAGAGUUCCUGGCGAAUAAUCGUCGUCGGUAUCUUUGCGCGCCUCCACCGUCGCCGACUUUUGUUCCACCGAGAAGUAUCGGUCUUUACAAAAGGAGAGCGAGAAGAGAUGUCGCAGGGAAAAUAUAUCUGGAUCGCAGAAGAAACCUGACGCAGCGCGCAGUGAUGGAUUUGCCGACCACGGAUCCAGGCAGCGAUUUAUGCGAUCUGACCGAUUCGGCUGAUGAAAAUUUUGUCAGAAGCGAGGGAAGAGAAUACGACGUUACAUGGAGAAACACACGAGAGAAUCGUGAAGAAAUUGUCGAACUUUCCGAGAGAGAGACGGUCGAAAGAGAUGAAAGACAACAGGAGAAAACGCUGAUCCUACCGGAAAUCGUUAGACCUCGCAGUGUAUCUUUUGGGGAAUUAUUGCCGCGUAAAGAUCAUCGGAGAACUCGUCAACGAAGGCCGCGAUGUCUUCGGACGCUUAAGACUCCAUCGCCUAUAUCACCGAAUCGAGAAGCGAGAAUCAAGCUGACAUCAUUCAGGCAGCAGAUUUGGACGGGAAUACCGUCUACCGCGGAGGGCAGCGAUACCGGACGUCUCGUAGAUGAAUACGUUAAGACGCCAUUAAGUUGGGGUGUCUCCAGAUACGCUCUGAUGCACUAUCCCACGGACGGAGAGGUCACGCUAAAAUCGCAGUCGAAAAAAGUGCAGUUGCUCAUUUACGACGAAGACAAGGACGACGUGAGGAAGACGCGGAAGAAGUCGCGGCGAAAGCGGCAGCAGGGGAUCGCUGAUCAAACCACGUCCCAGGUGAAGGUAUCUACGCGAUCGGACUUGGGGCGGAAGACGUCGAGGAAUAAGAAGAACUCGAAGCUCGACUGGCAACGAGCGGUGAACCUGAAUUCUAGGAUCAAGGACGCGAGGAGCGCGAAAAUCUCAUCCUCUUUCCUGACGAUCGAGGCGGAUUCGUUGAAGCUGCUAGCGACGUCGACCGUGUCACCCCAGAGGCCACCCCACCGGAAACUCGAACCGCGCCGGAAAUUCCGAGGCGCGGUGGCCUCGACUACCGCGAAGACACCGAAACCGGCGCGCACGUGUCGCCGUGACACCUUCUGCGAGAGCACGACGUCGGACGACGUUUCCUCGGACUCGGGUAAGAUCACGAAGGUCACGAAAAAGAAGCAAAAGAAAAAGAAGCAGCAGCUGAGAAAGUCGGCGACGAGUAGAGGAACCGAGAUCAAGCGCGCCUCCAGCGCCAAAACUACGCGCAAUAAUGUUUGAAAUUUCUUUGAUUUUUUUAAGACAUUGCCUGCGUUCAGCAAAUAAAGCUGCUUUACAACUGUUGGAAAAUUCGUGAACUUAAUCGGUGCAUGCUUUUAGAUUCUGCUAACAAGAUCCAGAGCCAUCAGAUUCACUAAUUUUACAACAGUUGUAAAGCUGCUUUUUGUGUUAAUAUAUACAAUAUAAUAUAUAUAAUAAUGUUUGAAAUUUCUUUGAUUUUAAAGACAUUGCCUGCGUUCAGCAGAUAAAGCUGCUUUACAACUGUUGGAAAAUUCGUAAAUUUAAUCGGUGCAUGCUCUCA